GGGCCCACAUCCACACAUUCCAUGUACCGCUGAAUUCUUACCUCCGCAAUUUCAUGAUGGCUGGCUGGCUGGCAAGUGGCCAUUUUGGACUAAUAGUCAGCUCUUCCAAACAACCGAGCUUUAUUCAUUAGUCCGGUCACCCGGUGUCGAUAGCUAGCUGUCUAUGCUUGAGUUGUUGUUAUUCUGUAAGUGGUCACAAUGUGAAUAUAAAUAUACACUGGGGAGGCAGCACAAUACAUACCAUGUAAUGGUUUUCUCAAAAUACAAGUAAUGUGAGAACUACCUAUCUCUUCAUAUCAUCAUUACCUUAUCAUUAGCUUACUUCAAGCCACACUAUGGCACCAUCCCGAAUUGGAUCGCCGAUUCCUAUUCUCCUCGAGGAAACAACGAGCCCCAAAAGAUACAGCGGACCCCCACGAAACAUUGCUGCUAUCAACAAUAUUCAAUUUGACUCCUCUCUACAGCCGAAAAACUACGAGAUACUAGGUACUCACCCUGAGUCUAAGCUUCUCUUUCUCGACGUAAACAUUCUUGAUUCCACUGGACGUGACCCAUACCGUGGCGAUGUGUUGAUCGAAGGUGAAAAAAUCAGUGAGGUAGGAAUUGUAGAGAAUGUCGAGGAAUUGAGAAAGGACCAUAGAGUCCGGGUAUUCAAUGGUCGCGGAAGAACGCUGAUGAGCGGGUUGGGAGAUUCCCAUACACACUUUUCGUGGAAUGGGGGCGAUUUGAAUAGAUUAGGAGACUUGGGAGUUGAGGAGCAUGUGCUCUUGACGGCGAGGAGUGCACAGUGCUAUCUCGAUUCUGGUUACACAAUGUGUUUUGGUGCGGCAUCAGCAAAGGAACGACUCGACGUAGUUAUUCGAGAUGCUAUUAACGCAGGUGAUAUCCCGGGGCCGAGAUAUCUCGCCAAUGGAAAAGAAAUGGCCCGUCGAGAUGGUACUUUGGUUGCAGGAAUCACAGCUUAUGCCGACGGACCUGAGGAGAUGAGAGAAGUUAUUAGACACCAUGUCAACAUUGGUGUAGAUCAAGUCAAAUUAAGCAUGAGUGGAGAAGAGAUUACUGAAACAAAAUCGGCACAAGAUUGUUACUACACCGAUGACGAAACAGCAGCUUGCGUGGAUGAAGCCCACAGCCUGGGUGCAAGACUCUGUGCUCAUGCAAGGGCACGCGACUCGGUCAAGAUGUGCAUCAGACAUGGCGUCGAUGUUAUAUAUCACGCAUCCUACACCGACGACGAGGGAAUGGAGAUGCUCGAUGCAAAGAAAGAUAAGCAUAUUGUAGCACCUGCUUUGAACUGGCUUAUUGCCACUCUAAACGACGCCGCUGCAUUCGGCUAUACACACGAAAAGGCCGAGUCCGUCGGUUAUCAAAAAGAACUUGACGCAGCGAUUCGCGCUCUUCGCGAGAUGCACAAGCGUGGAAUCGUUGUCCUCCCUGGCGGAGACUAUGGCUUCGCGUGGACGCCACAUGGUACCUACGCACGAGAUCUAGCGCACUUCGUCAACCUCCUUGAUUUUACGCCUAUGGAAUCAAUAAUUGCGGCGACGGCGGGGGUCGCCAAACUGUUUAUGAGAGAUCAUGAGCUGGGUAAGAUUCAAGCUGGCUUUUACGGGGAUUGUAUUCUAGUCGAUGGGAAUCCGCUAGAGGAUAUUACCAUUUUACAAGACCACGAUCGGUUGAAUGUCAUCACGAUCAACGGGCGGGUACACAAAGCGGGGAGGAAAGAAUAUGUGGCCCCACCAAUCGCAGGGCAGGAUGGAAAUUCUCACCCUAUUGUGCCAGAUUUUCCGGAGUUGAAGGCUUCAAUGCAGAAGAACUAUUAGGAGAUUACUGAUCCGAUCAAAUAAAACUUGACAAUUUCUUGUUGUUGCA